AUGAAGGUGUUCGAGAAGCUGUUGAAAAACAUCAUCACCUCCUCCAUCCCAAACACCACAGAUCCGCUCCGACCCAACAGAUCCACUGAUGACCCCAUGGCCCAUGUCCUGCACACCACCCUUAGCCAUGUGGACAAGAAACAGGCUAACUAUGUUGGGAGGGUGGGUAGGUGCGUCUCUGACAGCAUCGCCAUCAACACGGGAGCGCCACAGGCGUGUGUAUUCUCAUCACUGCUCUACAACUUCUGUACUUCAGACUGCGUGGCCACGCAUGGCUCCAAUACCAUUGUGAAGUUUGCUGAUGACACAGUGUUGUUGGACGCCAUCUCCAACAAUGAUGAGGCGGCCUACUUGGACAAACUUGAGCUUCUGCUUCUCCUGGUCCUGCUGCCGCCACGCCGUCGCCGAAGCCACGUUCGGGACGUCAUCGCCGGCGUGGUCGCCCACUGGACCCGUCUCGUCUCGGCCGCCGCCGCCUUCCUCGCGGCUGCCCGCCGGACCUGCUCAGUGGCCGCCGCCGCCUUCCUCGCGGCCGUCCGCCUGAACUGUCUCAUCUCGGCCUUGGGCCACGUGGCCGCCCGCCUGAACUGUCUCUGUGUGACUGCUCAGGUUGUCAGACCUCUUUACCCAACAUCUGGAACUGCAAGCUCUGCGAUAGAUGAUGGAAGUUCUCCAAAGAUUACCCUGCUAAGACCUUUUUUCUAUUUUGGGAGGACAUAUAACAGCAUUUACGUCAAUCACAAUGGACACCUGACCUUUGACGCACCAUGGUAUAGCUAUGUACCCCAACUGAUUCCAAUGCAUGGAUUAAGAGACAUCAUCGCUCCAUUCUGGACAGAUUUAGACAACAGAGGAAAUGGUCAGAUCUACUACAACCAAUACACCAGUGGCAGUGUUCUCCAGCAAGCUACACGGGACAUCAAUCAAUACUUUCCAGGACUGAACUUUAAUGCCAACUGGGUCUUUGUUGCAACUUGGUUUGAGGUGGCCUAUUAUCCCACAAGCGGAACACGCACUACUGUCCAAGCUGUGCUGAUCUCUGGAGGCCAAUAUUCAUUUGUGCUGAUGAACUACGGUAUAAUAGCCUCAACAACACUGAGAAUUCAGGCUGGUUAUGAUACAAUUGGCUCCACUCACUAUUAUGUCCUCCCUGGAUCAUUCACCAGUGCUGCAUCAGGGAGUAACUCAAAUUUUCGCCUUAGCAGCAACGUCAAUGAACCAGGUCGCUGGGCCUUCCGGACAGACCAUGGAUCAACAGGCUGCACUUUUAAUGGUGAAUUAGUGCAGCUGGGUGGUUCAUUCUGGAGUGACAGGACCUGUGCACAGAAGUGCACAUGUACCUCAACAGGCCUGCAGUGCCGCAAUGAGCCGUGCUCCUUUUCACAGAUCUGCAAGCCAGCUUCCUUCCAGUUCUCCUGUCAGACAGUGCCAAGAGGAACCUGCACCAUAAGUGGUGAUCCCCAUUACUACACCUUUGAUAACACAGUGUUUCACUUUCAAGGCACUUGCACGUAUGUUCUCUCUGAGCAAUGUAAUAGUGGACGGCCCUACUACAGAGUAGAAGGCAAAAAUGAGCACAGAGGCAGUACUCAAGUCUCUUGGACACGACUAGUGAAAGUGCAUGUCUACAAUGACACAAUUGAGCUUGUCAAAGGACGCCAUGGUCAGGCUAAGGUUAACGGGAACUUUGCAUUCACUCCAUUCUCCCUUAGCAAUGGCACCGUGCAGGUUUAUGAGUCAGGUUUUUCUGUGUUUGUCAGCACUGACUUUGGUUUAGUGGUGUCUUAUGACACAAUUCAUCAUGUUCAGAUCAGCUUGCCCUACACUUACCAGAAUGGUACAUGCGGUCUUUGUGGAAACUUCAAUGGCAUUCGUAGAGAUGACUUUCAAACUCGUGACGGUGAGGUUGUGAGCUCUGAUGUGGUUUUUGCUAACAGCUGGCAAGCAUCUGGGGAUGAUGAGCCUGGCUGUGGGCCACAGUGCGGAGGUCUGGACUGUGCUGUUUGCACUGUAGAAGAGACAGCAUUGUAUAGCAACACUGACCACUGUGGUAUCCUCAGCAGUAGUUCUGGACCUUUCACGGCUUGCCAUCAGCAACUUCCUCCACAGUCCUUUGUGGAGAGUUGUGUGUAUGAUCUGUGUGUAGGAGGAGGGUACCGACCUAUUCUCUGUCAAGCCCUAAGUGUGUAUGCAAGUCAGUGUCAACAAAGUGGUAUUCAGCUACCAAGUUGGAGGACACCUGGCUUUUGUGAAAUCCCAUGUCCAGCCAACAGCCACUUUGAGUCUGAAGGCACAGGAUGUCCACCUACCUGUGUUAAUCCCAACUCUACCCAUAACUGCCCUCUACCUCCCCAGGAAAGCUGCAUCUGUGAUUCAGGCUACAUCCUCAGUGGUGGGGUCUGUGUCCCUCAUGCUGAGUGUGGCUGCAGCUUUGAGGGCCGUUACUACCGAUCUGGAAAAACUGCAAUACUAGACGGAGACUGUGGGAGACGUUGUAGCUGCAGUUAUGGCUCCAUGACUUGCCACUCUCAUGGUUGUGGCCCACUUGAAUCAUGCAGGAUGGAGGAUGGAGAAAGAGGAUGCAGACCAAAUAGCUAUGAAACAUGCUGGAUCAGAGGCCCAGGGUCAUAUCAGACAUUUGAUGGACUGACAUACCAAUAUCCUGGGGCGUGUCGAUUGACACUUGCCAAAGUUAUGGGACUGUCCAGUCACCCACACUUCAUGGUGACAGCAGAAAAAGUGCCAAGAGGCCAGCAAGGUUUUGCACGAAUUCUGCAUUUUGAAGCAGAGGGGAUACACAUAUCUAUUGAGAUGGCAAGGAACAGUAAAGUGAAGGUUAACGGUCAGCUGAUCAGGCUACCUUUCAGCACUACAUCGAACCGAAUCCAGAUCUUCCACAGCAGCAUUUACAGUGUCAUCAUUCGCACCUCCUUUGGUGUAACUGUGCAGACAGUCUGGCCUCACUUUGUCCGUGUCACUGCUCCUGGUGUCUACAAUGGUUCACUGGGUGGACUCUGUGGUAAUUACAAUGGUCAUCCACAUGAUGACUUCAAUACACCCAACGGUGUUCUGGUCAACAGUUCUCAGGACUUUGGAGACAGUUGGCGAGAUGGCUCUCUGGCUGCUCACUGUGUGGAAAGCAUGAACCAAAAUUCUACAACUAAUUACAAUUCUACUGAGUACUGUGGCAUUCUCAGCUCACCAGAUGGGCCAUUUGUACCCUGUUGGUCUGUGGUUGACCCGAGCCAGCAGGUGGAUGUAUGUGUGGAGAUCAUGAGGGGCUCUAACAAUCCAGCAUCAACUCUGUGUGGUGUCCUACGAGAUUAUGCACUAAUGUGUCAACAGAAGGGUGUUGCCUUAGGACAAUGGAGAAAUGCAACUGGCUGUGCACUAACCUGCCCAUCAAACAGCCAUUAUGAACUCUGUGGAACCUCUUGUCCUUCUGCUUGCCCCAGCCUCUCUUUCCCCUUCACCUGUGAUACUGUGUGCCAGGAGGGCUGUCAGUGUAACAAUGGUUUUAUCCUCAAUGGUGACCAGUGCGUUCCACCAACAUCUUGUGGAUGCUAUCAUCAAGGAUGCUAUCACCAAGGUGGUGAGCAGUUCUGGGAUGGUGAAGAAUGUCAGAGCUUGUGUACCUGUAACGGAAAUACAGGGAACGUCCACUGUACUCCCAACUCCUGUGGGCCCCAGGAGUCCUGCCGUGUGGUGGAGGGCGAGUUUGGCUGCCAUCCCAACCUUCAUGGCACCUGCUCUGCCUCUGGAGACCCUCACUAUAUCACCUUUGAUCGUAAGGCCUAUGACUUCCAAGGAACCUGCCGCUAUGUUCUGGUGACCCUCUGUAAUGCCACUGAUGAGCUCAAUCAGUUCUCCGUGGAAGCUAAGAAUGAGGCAUUGAAUGGGCUUCCACUUUCAAUAGUAGCUGAAGUUUUUGUGAAUGUCUGGGGCUACGACGUGCAUAUGUCAAGGGACAGAAGAGGUUUGGUACAAGUGAAUGGAGUAACUAGAAAUUUACCUAUUAUCUUGAAUGAAGGUAAUGUGUCUAUCUAUGCAACAGGAUCUCGUAUACUUGUCAGCACUAAUUUUGGCUUGAGUGUUACCUAUAAUGGAUAUAGUGCAGUGUUUAUCUCCGUACCACCAAAUUACAGAGAAAAAAUAUGUGGACUUUGUGGAAAUUUCAAUGGAAAUCCAAAUGAUGACUUUCACACACCAUCUGGAACGAUAGUCACAUCUCCAGAUGAGUUUGGGAGAGCCUGGAAGGUGCCAGGCAACUACACGUGCAAUGAUGGCUGUGGCUCCUCCUGUCCACAGUGUGCCAAUGAACAGCCUACUAGAGAUCAGUGUGAGGUGAUACAGGCAGCUGAUGGGCCCUUCAGUUUCUGCCACGAAGAGGUGGACCCGGCGCCAUAUUUCAACGACUGCGUGUUUGAUGUAUGUUUGUCAGGAAAUCAAGGCCACGAUCUCUUGUGCAGUGCCAUUGAAUCAUAUGUCAGUGCCUGUCAGUCUGCUAAUGUUCGAAUCUAUCCUUGGAGAGAGAACACCACCUGCACACUGGACUGUCCAGCCAACAGCCAUUAUGAGCUGUGCGGUACUGACUGUGGCCACACCUGUGCCAGUAGCAUUGAUGAAACCUGUGAGCAGUUCUGCUCUGAGGGAUGUUUCUGUGAUGAAGGCUUCAUCAAGAGUGGGACCAGGUGUGUCCCAGUGGAAAGCUGUGGCUGCCAGUAUGAUGGAUUCUACUAUGAUGCUGGCGAGUCCUUCUGGACAGACGGUUGCUCCCAGAGAUGUGAAUGUCACGCUCCAAAUGACCUGCGAUGUUCUGCCUCGUCUUGCACUCCUGAACAGCAGUGCUCCAUCAGAGACGGCCAGCUGGGCUGUUACGAUGCCAUGUCCACCUGCACUGUGUGGGGGGAUCCACACUACAUCACCUUUGAUGGAGCAGUGGCUCAUUUCCAGGGAACUUGCUCCUACAUCAUCACUGAGAGCACAAACCAUGGCACUAACGAAACACAGUUUCAGGUGAUAGCCACCAACAAUCACCGUGGUAACAACCGUGUGUCAUUUGUGUCUGCAGUGGACAUAUAUCUCUCAAAUCAUCCAGAAAGUGUGUACAUCAGGAUCGGACCCAAUAAAAGAGUAACGGUAAAUGGAAAUGAUGCUUCUCUUCCCACCACAGUGGGAAUCUUAGCUCAGGUGGUAAGGCAGGGAAGCUACAUAGUGGUUGAUGCCUCUGACUUGCUAGUCCAGUUUGAUGGUCAGAGCACUUUGCUGGUCAGACUGGGCCAAAACCGUCAUGACAGAGUCACAGGGAUGUGUGGAAACUCUAACAAUAAUCCUUCAGAUGACAAAGUCUUACCCAAUGGCACACUGGCACAAAAUGAUAAUUAUUUUGGACACAGCUGGAAGUCACCCACCAGCCAACCAGGAUGUGGCUCCACUGAUGAAGAUGAUGAUGGACUGAAUGACUGUACCUUUAGAGAAGAAUAUUCCCAACUCUGCAGUGUCAUCACCAACACCACCGGCCCAUUCAGCACCUGCCACCUGCACUCUGACCCCCAGCCAUUUUUCUCUUCCUGUGUCUAUGACCUCUGCCUCUACACUCCAGCCAAUGGCAUGCUGUGUUCCGCUGUCUCCGCCUAUGAGAAAACCUGCUCUGUUCUAGGGCUAGACAUCCCUGACUGGCGCUCUGCUUUGCAUUGUGAUGAGUCAGACCCCUGUGAAAAGCUGGACUGCACAGAGCACGAGUGGUGUGGUGAGAAGGACGGUGUCUAUGGCUGCUUCUGUAAUGAGCACCACCAUCGGCCAAACAAUGAGAGCUACGACUCGUCCAUCACUUGUGUCAGUAGUUCUGGCACCAUAUCUCUGUCCCGCUGUCAGCUGUUUGAGGCCGGCUUCCACUCUGAUGCCCUCCAUCUUCGAGAUGAAUCCUGCAACGGGACUCUUGAGGAUGGUCGACUCGUUUUCCACUUCAACAAUGAUGACCAGCUUUGUGGGACAAUGCUGAGGAGCAACGGGACCCACUUCAGUUAUGAGAACACCAUCAGCGGGGAUGUGGACCCUCAUGAUGGCCUCGAAAGUCAUGAGAAGAGCAUCCACCUGCACUUCUCCUGUGACUAUGCUCUGACCCAGGCACUGUCUAUGGAUGUUGGCAUCAAACCUGUAGCAAGCAUUGUGAACAAGAGACAUCCAUCUGGUCUGGGCCAUUAUCAUUUGAGGAUGAUACCCUACCGGGACCCUGGCUUCCACUUCCCUUUGACCAGAAACAGAAAUUUAGAAAUGGAAAUAGAUGAGAGGUUAUACAUUGAGGUUCAGACGCAGGGAAUCGAUGAGCGGCAGAUCUCCACUAUCCUGGACUCUUGCUGGGCAACGCCUGUUAAUGAUCCCAGCUACCCUGUGCGCUGGGAUCUGAUCACCACACAGUGUCCUAAUCCAGCAGAUGGCACAGUAGAGCUGCUUCAGAACGGCGUCUCCACCGUAGCCCGUUUCUCAUUCAGGAUGUUCACCUUUACCAACUUUUCAUCUAUCUACCUGCACUGCCAGGUCCAUCUGUGUCUUUUGAGACACAAUUACUGCACAGCUGUACGUACUACUUAUAACGAUUUCUGUGAAUACCCCCUGAAUCUGGGCCUGUCUAUGGCUGUGGGCAUCAACCCCAUAGAAAGCUGUGGCACAAACAUAGAAAUGGAAAUAGAUCAGAGGUUAUAUGUCGAGGUGCGAACAGGAAGAGUGGAUCAGCAUCUGAUCUCCACUGUUCUGGACUCCUGCUGGGCCACGCCAGUCAACAUGCCAAAUUACCUUGUCCGCCCAUCUUAUUACUGCAGA